AUGGCGGCGAAAUCCGAUGGCGGUGGCGUGGGGGUGGGCUUCGCCCAGCUGCACAACCUGGACGAGGCGGUGGGCAGCGGCGGCGAGGAGGACGGGGAGCCCGGGGGAGGCGGCUGCGGCGGCGACGGCAGCGAGCCCGGCGAGAGCAGCUCGCUGCACAUCUGCCACUGCUGCAACACCUCCUCGUGCUACUGGGGCUGCCGCUCCGCCUGCCUGCGCUCCCUCCUGGGCAAGAAGCCGCGCCGCAGCGCCGCCGCCGCCGACGGGGACCAGCCGCUGCAGCCGCCCGCGGCCGAUGGCCGCCGCCACCCGACGCCCUCGGACGCGCGGCCGCAGCCGCCGCAGGUGGAGCGGCCGUGGCUCGACUGCCUGUGGAUCGUGCUGGCGCUGCUGGUCUUCUUCGGGGACGUGGGCACCGACCUGUGGCUGGCCCUCGACUACUACCGCAAGGGGGACUACGGCUACUUCGGGCUGACCCUCUUCUUCGUGCUGGUGCCGUCGCUGCUGGUGCAGAGCCUGAGCUUCCGCUGGUUCGUGCAGGACUACACGGGCGGCGGGCUGGGCGCCGUGGAGGGGCUCAGCAGCCGGGGCCCCCCCAUGAUGGGGGCUGGCUACGGCCACGGCGCGGGGCCCUCGGCCACGCCGGGGGCGCAGCGCCUGUGCCGCCUCUCCGUGUGGAUCUGGCAGUCGGUCAUCCACCUGCUGCAGAUGGGGCAGGUGUGGAGGUAUAUCCGCACCAUGUACCUGGGGAUUCAGAGCCAGCGGCAGAAGGAACACCAGCGACGCUUCUACUGGGCUAUGAUGUACGAAUAUGCAGACGUUAACAUGCUGCGCCUCCUGGAGACCUUCCUGGAAAGCGCCCCCCAACUGGUGCUACAGCUCUGCAUAAUGAUCCAGAAGAGCCGCGCCGAGACGCUGCCCUGUGUCUCCUCUGUGACUUCCCUGAUGUCCCUGGCUUGGGUGCUAGCCUCCUAUCACAAGCUGCUGCGGGACUCCAGGGACGACAAGAAGAGUAUGAGCUACAGAGGGGCCCUCAUCCACCUCUUCUGGCGCCUCUUCACCAUCUCAUCCAGAGUUAUCUCUUUUGCCCUCUUUGCUUCCAUCUUCCAGCUCUACUUCGGGAUCUUCGUGGUGGUUCACUGGUGCGCCAUGGCCUUCUGGAUCAUCCAUGGCGGAACAGACUUCUGCAUGUCCAAGUGGGAGGAGAUCCUCUUCAACAUGGUGGUAGGGAUUGUGUACAUUUUCUGCUGGUUUAACGUCAAGGAAGGGCGGACUCGAUAUCGAAUGUUUGCAUAUUAUACGAUAGUCUUGACCGAGAAUGCUGCCUUGACGUUCCUUUGGUAUUUUUACAGAAACCCGGAGACCACUGACUCCUUUGCGGUGCCAGCACUGUGUUGUGUCUUUAUUAGCUUUGUGGCUGGGAUCUCAAUGAUGCUCUUAUACUAUGGUGUGCUGCAUCCCAUGGGGCCACGAGCUAAGAUCCUUGCCAGCUCCUGUUGUGCCGAGCUGCUCUGGGGCAUCCCUUUGCCCCCCGAUGUUGAGCCCAUGGCGCCUCAGACCCCUGGGUACCGGGGGACCCAGGUCACGCCUACCAGAGCCGUAACGGAACAACAGGAGGAUCUCACGGCUGACACUUGCUUGCCCGUUUUCCAAGUGAGACCCAUGGGGCCCGCAACCCCGUUGGGGCGUCCUUACCUCCCAGAAGGGCCCCUCAUUAAGAUUGACAUGCCAAGAAAGAGAUACCCAGCUUGGGAUGCUCAUUUUGUAGACAGGAGGUUGAGAAGGACUAUUAACAUUCUGCAGUAUGUCACCCCCACCGCGGUAGGCAUUCGGUAUCGAGAUGGACCGCUCCUUUAUGAGUUGCUACAGUAUGAAUCUUCACUCUAA